CACAUGUUGUAGCAGCUUGCUCCGACCUACAGGGUGGUGCUCGCAUUUCACAUUAUGAAUUUGUCGACGCUUGGUAUUCUGCAUACAACUAUCAACAAACCUACAAAGAGUGUUUUCGUCCACCAUACGAUAGUCGACAUUGGACACAAGAUGGGCCACGGAUAUUACCUCCACUGUAUAAAAGAUCGGCGGGGCGCCCUCGUUCCGUGCGUAUUAGAAAUAGUAUGGAUGACGGACGUGAAGGAGCUAGGAGGAGAAAUAAGUGCAGUAGAUGUGAUCAACCGGGUCACAACAAAAAUAGGUGUCCAGUUAGUAUUAGGCGUUGAUUUGUAUUAUGUAUCGUUUUGCACUAUGUCAUUCGUAGUUGUUAUCUUUGAAGCGUAUGAUACUCGUUAUUUGUAAUAUGUUCUGUAUGCAACUCCGUUCAUUUCACCCAUGCAUUUGUAUUAUGUAGCGUUUUGCACUAUGUCCGAACCAAUUUGUAAUAUGCUAUGUAUGAUACUGUGUUCAUUGCACUUUGUAUAUAUGCUCAUAUUUUAAUCACAGGUCUAUUCAUUAUGGAUCCGGGACCGGAGAAUCCCGACGUUUUGUACCUUCAGGCGAGUCAUUGUUCAGACCAUAUUGGUUCGGGAGAGCCCGUACCAGAGUACACGAUGAUCGAGCAUUCCCAUAGUCAUUCGGCAUGGGUCAUAGAGGAUGAGAGGGUACUAGCUUUGAUCGCUCAGGCCGGUUUUCGACCGUGUUCGACGAUUCGUUAUAUCAGGCUUGAUUGGCCGCUUAUCACUGCUUUGAUUGAGAGGUGGAGGCCAGAGACCAACACCUUUCACAUGCAUAUAGGGGAGUGCACGAUCACUUUACAGGACGUGGCCGUCAUACUUGGGCUCCGGAUUGAUGGACCGGUAGUUACGGGCACCGACGAUCAUAGUUGGCCGGAGGUAUGUGGCCGGCUACUUGGACAGGUUCCCGACUUGAGGAGUGGUGCGAUGAAGCUAUCGUGGCUUCGUCAGACAUUUCAGGGCGACAUACCAGAGGAUGCCUCUGAUGAGACGCUCCAGUUUCAUGCUCGUGCAUACAUAUUGCACAUGAUAGGGUGCGUACUAUUUCCUGAUGCGAGCAAGACUCUCGUACAUGCACGAUGGCUGCCACUGCUGGAGGAUUUUGGUGUAUGCGGGGCACUAUCGUGGGGCAGUGCGGUGUUGGCAUAUUUGUAUCGAGAAUUGAGUAGAGUAUCUCUGAUGCAGAAUAAAGAAUUCAAGGGAUGCUGUAAAUAUACAAAACCUGCACAGAAGCUGUGCAUGCUGGGUGACCUGCAACUUCACGGGAGUUGA